UCUUCUUACUAAACCCCCCCUGCCCCCGGUUUCUCUUAUCCUUCACAUUUCUUCUUUGACUGCUAUUGCUCUCCUUCCGAAACCCUCUCGCUUCUCGCAGAUAAUCAUAGAAAAGAAGCUCAUCUCAAUCUUUCCUCUGUGGGUUGUUAGAGCAAACCCUAACAAUCCUUUUUACCUUUUCCCUAUCAUGUAGUACAUGUUCCUUUAUUUUCUUGUUCUUUCUCUUAUACCUUCACCCUAACAAUCUCCCCCUUAGUUGUUUAUUGGUAGCGCUCUCUUUUCGUUGGGUAUUAUUUUCUUCGGGGGAUCGGUUGAAUAUUUAACGUCCCUCGGUCGGAGAUGAAGGUGACGUCGGAUUCGGGUUUCGUCGACGACAAGGAUCAGUGGCCGCCUGGAUUUCGAUUCCACCCAACUGAUGAAGAGUUGGUCCUGUAUUAUCUGAAGAGGAAGAUCUGCAAGAAAAGGCUCAAACUCGAUAUCAUCGGCGAGACCGACGUGUAUAAGUGGGAUCCUGAGGAACUGCCUGGUCAAUCUAUAUUGAAGACUGGAGAUCGUCAGUGGUUCUUUUUCAGUCCAAGGGAUAGGAAGUACCCUAAUGGUGGAAGGUCAAACCGUGCAACCAGAAACGGGUACUGGAAAGCAACAGGAAAGGAUCGCAAUGUAAUGUGUAAUUCCAGGUCAGCUGGAGUAAAAAAGACACUCGUUUUUUAUAGAGGCCGAGCACCUAAUGGGGCAAGAACUGACUGGGUGAUGCAUGAAUAUACGAUGGAUGAAGAGGAGCUGAAGAGAUGCCAGAACGUAAAGGAUUAUUAUGCUCUUUAUAAGGUUUACAAGAAAAGUGGACCUGGUCCUAAAAAUGGUGAACAGUAUGGAGCACCAUUUAAAGAAGAGGACUGGGCCGAAGAUGAAUGUGUACAUGAAAGUAUCCCUGCUGAAUCAAAGGCUCUAACAAAGCAAGCUAAAGAAAUUGCUCCAGUUGAUAGUAUAGGAGUUAACAGUCAUGUCAAUUCUUCAGCAGAAGAUGAUAUUGAGGAGUUCAUGAGGCGAAUGGCAGAUGGACCUGCAUUCUCUCAGCCCCAAAUCUUCAAUUAUUCUUAUGCACUACCCCAGAUUGAUGAAGAAGACGCACAAAGUACUUUGGUGCAUCCAUCAUCAAGGGGGGUAAUCCUCCCAGAGCCAGUUAAUACUUUUGCCCCUAGUAGUCAGCAAUAUGAUAUGCAUGUCAACUUUGACUUCACCCAGUCAGCAACCUCAAAGUUGCAGUCGAAUGAGGUGCCCGAGGUCACAUCAGCUACCAAAACUUGCAAACCAGCACCUCAGAUAUGUGAGGAGGAGGAUUUCUUGGAAAUUGAUGAUCUUCUGGGUCCUGAACCUACCUUCUCGAGUGCUGAACAACCUUCUAUGGAUAACUUUCUGGAUGGCCUAAGUGAGCUCGACCUCUACCAUGAUGCUGCCAUGUUUCUUCAAGACAUGGCCCCUAUUGAUCAGGAAACAAUUUCACACUCAUAUAUUAAUAACUCGGAUAACAAUUUGGCUAGCCAGCUUGGUCAGCAGGUUGAUUGCGAAUUUCAAUCCCAAUCAGUAAUAAACCCACUUGGUCACCAGGGGCAGUGGCAUGCAGUGGACCAGGUUGAUUACCACUUUCAGGCGCAUUCAGUAGGAAACCAGGUUGAUCACCAGGUGCAAUCUCAUCCGGUAACAAACCAGGUUGAUUUCCAGUUUCAACCUCAGUUUGCAGUAGACCAGCUUGAUUAUCAGAUGCAGCCGAAUUUGUUUGGUGAUUUGUGGAUCGAUGAACAGAAUACUAGAAUCUUUACCCAAGCAGAAUCAGGUCAUGGAACUUUCUCUCUUCCGGCUUCAGGUUUGUCUUAUGAUUCCAAAGGUUCGCCUGCUGAAGUAAGUAAAGGAGAAGAUGAUAAGGAGGGACGAGGUGCAACCAGUAAGUUUUCUUCAGCACUAUGGGCGUUUGUGGAAUCAAUACCUACAACUCCUGCGUCUGCUGCGGAGAGUCCUCUGGUCAAUCGAGCCUUUGAGAGAAUGUCUAGCUUUAGUCGGGUCAGAUUAAAUAAUAGGAACGCGAAUGUUGCCGCGGGUAACGAUGCUGCAACUGUAAGGAGCACAGGCAGAAGUAGGGGUUUGUUUUUAUUAUCAAUUUUAGGAGCGUUCUGUGCCAUUUUCUGGAUGUUUAUCGGAACAGUAAGAGUCUCGGGAAGAUCCAUCUUCUCAUGAUAGAUGGGAAGUUCUGGGAUUACUGUUUCCUGGGAAUCUUUAACUGAGUGAUCUGGUCUUAAUUUGAUGAAAUAGGUUGAGAAAUUUUGAAGAUUUUACAUUUAGUUUACUUAGGAGGGAUGGAAAUGUAAACUGCAAAGGAUGAAGUUUCCACCUUGAGUAGGCUCCUGUUGUUAUAUGAAUAUCUUAUUGUUCAUAACUGA